CUGAGCGGGCCUGCAGCUGCGAUCCUGUCCUCUCCAGAGACUUCUGCACCCCAGCGAGUCUCCACUAGGUCCCACGCAUCUCCAGCCCUUGCCAUCUGGAGGCCCUGAGUCCCGGAGGUUCCGCGUCCCGGCUCCAGGCUGCCUGAAAGGAUGCGCUGUCCGCCCACUGCCGGCGCAGCCCUGGUGCUGUGCGCAACCACCGCCGGUCUGCUGCUGGGCGCUCAGGGCCACCCCGCGCCGCCAGAGUCGCCGCGUUUCGCGUCCUGGGACGAGAUGAAUGUGCUGGCGCACGGGCUGCUACAGCUCGGCCAGGGACUGCGGGAACACGUGGAGCGUACCCGCGGUCACUUGGGCUCGCUGGAGCGGCGCCUGAGCACUUGCGGGGCAGCCUGCCAGAGCCCCGGGGGAUCCGCAGCGCCCCCUCAAGACCUGGACAGCCUGGUUCCGGGCGAGGAGGUGGCCCCCGGGGCCCUCCGCAGCCUGCAGACACAGAUCAAGGCUCAGAACAGUAGGAUCGAGCAACUGUUCCAGAAGGUGGCCCAGCAGCAGCGGCACCUGGAGAAGCAGCACUUGAGAAUCCAGCAUCUGCAGAGCCAGGUUGACCUCCUGGUCCCCACACACCUGAACAAUGGGAUGACCAAGCCUGCCAGAAAAAAGAGGCUGCCUAAGACGGCCCAGCUUGUUGGCCCAGCUCACAAUGCCAGCCACCUGCACAGGCUACCCCGGGACUGUCAGGAACUGUUCAAGGAAGGCGAGAGGCAGAGUGGACUAUUUCAAAUCCAGCCUGAGGGGUCCCUGCCAUUCCUGGUCAACUGCAAGAUGACUUCAGAUGGGGGCUGGACAGUAAUUCAGAGGCGCCAAGAUGGCUCUGUGGACUUUGACCGGCCCUGGGAAGCCUACAAAGCUGGCUUCGGGGAUCCCCAAGGUGAGUUCUGGCUAGGCCUGGAGAAGGUGCACCACAUCACAGGGGACCGCAGCAGCCGUCUGGCCGUGCAGCUGCAGGACUGGGAUGGCAAUGCAGAGUCACUGCAGUUCCCUGUCCAUCUGGGGGGCGAGGACACCGCCUACAGCCUGCAACUCACAGCACCCGUAGCCAGUAAGCUGGGUGCCACCACAGUCACGCCUGAGGGCCUCUCCCUGCCCUUCUCCACUUGGGACCAGGACCAUGACCUCCGUGGGGAUAAGAACUGUGCCAAGACCCUCUCUGGUGGCUGGUGGUUUGGCACCUGCAGUCACUCCAACCUCAAUGGCCAGUACUUCCACUCCAUUCCUCGGCAACGGCAGCAGCGUAAGAAGGGAAUCUUCUGGAAGAACUGGCGAGGCCGAUACUACCCACUGCAGGCUACCACCAUGUUGAUCCAGCCCACAGUGGCUGCAGCAGCAUCCUAGUCUCCUGGAGGGGGCCUGGUCUCAGGCUCACAGAGGAUGGGGACUUUGGCUCUAGCCCAGAAAUGGUCACUCCCUUCCCAAGCAGGGGAUCCAAAUGGAGGCCUUCUGGAGCCUCAUAGACAGAGAGGAAGACCAUGACUCAGUAGGCCCCUUUUCUGCAUGGGGAGCUGCAUGCAUUGUCCUCCGAGAACAGGGCCCCAGGGCAUGUACUGGCCCCAGAAAGUGAGGGACCAAGGGACAUUGAAUCCUACUCCUUGCCCGCCUGAGGAGUGGGGGAUGCAAAGGGACCACUUGGGGAUGGCCAGGCCGGCCUCAUUGGCGGACCCAGUCACAUUGACUGGCUGGAGGAGCAGGGCUCCCAGGGGCCAUGGGGGCUGCCCUCAUGGUGCUGUUGUUUGUGGGUCCCGUGGCACAAGCUGGUGCCUGCGGUGUCCAAGCGGAGCUCAUAGAGUUCCUGGAAUAAAAGCAACCUCAGUACA